AUGCGCGACCGCCACGAGCACCAGGUGGAGGACCUGCGCGCAACCCUGGAGGCUUCGCUCGACGCCCCGGACGCGCGACCGUCGCGAUGGACGCCGCAGUUGGUCGACAUGCGACGCCAACAGAAACGCCUGGUCCGCGAGCGCAAGUUCGGCGAGGCCCUCGACCUCCUCAAGGCGGCGGAGACGCGCGAAACGGAGGAAAUCGAGUGGCAUCGCCAAACGAUGCGACGCGAACACGUCAAGGCGCUCGAGUCGCUCUUCGAGCGGCAGGCGGAGGAACGCGCCGUGUUCCUGCGGGAGUGCCAGCGCGAGGAGGAACGUCUGGAGGCUAAGCGAUUGAAACUCGCGAGGGGGUUGAGAAGGGACGGGGGCAAGGCGGUGGAGGAGGAGGCUGCGCGCGGCGUGGAAGCCAAGCGCCCGUCCUUUCCAAAGGCAAAGUCCAUACAAAAAAAAACCAAACAACCCGAGCUCACGGCGUCGGAGCGAGCCAAGGCGAUCGGUCGGCGCGUGCAGACCAAGCCGUCGCUCCCGGACGCCGCGCGCGGUGGUCGCCGGGGUGGGCCGGGUGAGAAACGCACGGGACGCGACGGUUACGACGGCGAGUUCCAGUCCCGAUCCGGAGAAGUUCCCGUCUAUCCAGUCCGCGACGACGACGUCGAGUACGUCGAGCACGAGCACGAUCUCUUUCACCCGCCCGAAGACGACCGCCCGAACACCGCGAGGGCGUCCCUGCCGUCCACGCGACUGAGCUCCGGGAGCUACGGGGGAUCGUCGUCGUACGCGCUCGCGCCGCAAAGGGCGUCGCCGCCGACCGGUGAGUCACCGCCCGGCGACGCGUCGCGUCUUCUCGAGUCGCCCGCCGUCGUAACCGUCGCGUCCCGUGCGUUUUACGACGAUAACGGCGGCGUCGCGGACAGGUUGGUGAUGCGUUACGGCCCGGAUUCGGUACGCGCGCACGAGUCCGUCGCGGGGGGUACGCCGGGCGCGAGCGGGAUCGAGGUGGCCAUCCCGGUGGCGAUGCCGGUGUCUUCCGUCGACCCGGAGCCGUUUCAUCCCUCCCGGCCGACCACGUCGUUUCCACCGCCCUUUCCACCGCCAUUUCCACCGCCAUUUCCACCGCCCGUUCACGGGUACGAGUUUGAGUCUCAACGCGCGGAGCACGAGGCGUGGAUGGCGCAGCAGCGCGCGUGGAUCGCGACUGGGUUGGAGCCGCCCCCGCCCGAUUUCAUGCCCUACGGAACCGCUUCGAUACCGGCUGCUUCGAUACCGGGUGCCGUAACGAACGAGGAGACGACGAUUCCGACGACGAACGAGACGACUCAAAACGACGGAGGGCAACGAACCCAGACGGAGGACGGUUUGGAGGGCGCCGAGGCGAAACUCGCGGCGGACGGUUUGAUGUCCGCGGCGCUCGCCAUGGCCGGCGCGGGCGCCCACCGGGGCGCCUCGGCGAAAAAGUCCACCGCGGAGGUUCGAAAAGAGGAGACGCGCGUCGCGUUGGAGAGGGCGGCGUUAGAGGCUGGCGAGGAGCUGUCCGACGACAGCGUGGACGACGGCAUGGACGACCUGGACGACGUGGACCUCGUCUCCCCGGGGUGGCGAAAUGGUUCCAGCGCUUCAAACUCAAAGUUUGCUUCUUCGCGGCCCGGACCGGGGUUGAACGUGGGUUUGAACGUUAAGGGCGUGGGUGGGUACGUGACGGGUGUCUCAUCCCCUGGUCCCCUCGCCGCUCCCCGACGCAUGGGUGGGCCGUCCCAGUUCGAUACAGACGCGUCGGCGCCGGCGUCCGCCGCGGAGGUCCGUGCGGGUAUCGGGGUUCGGGGCGAGACAAACCCCAAGAACCCUACCAAGAACCCUACCACGAACCCUAACCCCGACCCUAAACCGCCGCCGCUGGAAGCCGCGAGGGGCGUCGUCGUCGAACGCGCCAAAGACGGCGAGAGCGACCCAAUCAGGGACGUCCCGAACGUCGCUAGGGGCGCGGCGAUUUUGCGCAGGCUCCACGGACCGGAGGACGGGUACAGGAGCAAACGGGAGAGCUCGGGGGACCCGGGAGCGCACGGAGCGUUGGGCUUCCCGGAGGAUGAAAACCUACGUCGCGGUGUCGGCGCACGCGAGGAAAGAGAAACGAAGGGGGGAACGAACGAUUUCGACGACGAUUUCGUUCGCGUCGGCGCGCUCGCGAAGAGUCACCGCCCGUCGCUCGGGAUGGCGGCUCGGACGUCGGAGGUUCGCGACAUGCGCGCCGCGUUCGCGCUCAUGUCGAACGCGCGAUCGCCGCUGCACGCCGCGCGUAUGUCGGACAAGAUGUUGAACGACGUCGGAUGGGUUGAACGAUCGAAGUUGAACGAAGUAAACGACGAUCCGUUCGCGCCGUCGCCCGGGAAAAACCGGAAAUCUUCCUCCGACGGAAGGAACGGAGAUUUUCGCGAGAGCGCGUCUUCCGCCCGCGACGGGGACCGAAACGACGAUCCGUUCGCGCCGUCGCCGCCGCCGCCGCGACGCGGUAACGUCGUCGCGAUGCAAACCGCGGGGCUUUCCGGAACGUUUCUGGACGCCGCAAAGGCGGACGCCAAGGCUGACAAAGGAAGAAGUUCCGCGGUGAGUUUCGCGGGCGCACAGCUGUCGGAGAACUCAUCCGCGAUGAUCACAGCUGUGCGCGAGGCGACGCGAAUGGCCGACUUGGACACGUCGUUCGCGCCCGCGGCCGGCGAGGGGGGCGCGACGCACGUAGCGGCGGCGAGGCGCGCAGCCGUGAUGGCCGCCGCGAGAUCCGCCGCGUUCGAGAUGCCAAGAUGA